GGGCUUUCGUCCAGGGGGCGGGACCGGGACCAGGACCAGGGCCCGGAGGGGGCGAGCCCGGCGGAAUGCCGUUGCCGGGCAACGCCCGGGCACGGCGUUCCCGUGGCUAGGCCACGCCCCCGGGGGGGGUGGGCUCGGUGUCACGUGACCCGGGCCCUAAGGGAGGGGGCGCGGCCGGGGGUCCGGCCGGACGCUGCCGCUUAGGGAGGUCCGAGGGGCGCGCGCCGGGUUCCCAGGCCCGGACCCCAGCUCCGCUGGACGGUGGGAGAAACUGAGGCCCGAGUGGAACCUGCAGACCCAGGGCUGGCCAUGAAGGUUCUGCUCCUCACCGGGCUGGGGGCCCUGUUCUUCUCCUACUAUUGGGAUGACAACUUUGACCCUGCUGGCCUGCAGGGAGCCCGAGUGCUGCUGACCGGGGCCAGCGCAGGCAUUGGGGAGGAGCUGGCUUAUCUCUACGCGCGCCUGGGCGCCCACCUGGUGCUCACGGCCCACACCGAGGCCCUCCUGCAAAAGGUGGUAGGGAACUGCCGGAAGCUGGGCGCUCCCAAGGUCUUCUUCAUCGCUGCGGACAUGGCCUCCCCUGAGGUGCCCGAGCGCGUGGUGCGGUUUGCGCUGGACAAGCUGGGUGAGGGGCGGGGCCUGGACUCUGGAGGGCUGGACUACCUCGUGCUGAACCACCUCGGCGCCACCCCGUCAGGCACGCGGUCCCGGAGCGUCCAGGCGACACGCUGGCUCCUACAGGUGAACUUCCUGAGUUACGUGCAGCUGACUUCGUUGGCGCUGCCCAGCCUGACGGACAGCAAAGGCUCCCUGGUGGUCGUGUCCUCGCUGCUGGGCCAUGUGCCCACAUCCUUCUCCAGCCCAUACUCCGCGGCCAAGUUCGCGCUGGACGGCUUCUUCGGCUCUCUACGGCGGGAGCUGGACGUGCAGGACGUGAACGUGGCCAUCACCAUGUGUGUCCUGGGCCUCCGGGAUCGCGCCUCGACCGCCGAGGGAGUCAGGGGCGUCACGAGGGCCAAGGCGGCCCCAGGGCCCAAGGCAGCCCUGGCCGUGAUCCGCGGCGGCGCCACACGCGCCCCUGGUGUCUUCUACCCGUGGCACUUCCACCUGCUCUGCCUGCUCCGGGGUUGGCUGCCGCACCCGAGGGCCUGGUUCAUCCGCCAGGAGCUCAACGUCACCGCUGCCGCUGCUGCCUGAGCCCCCGGCCGUGGCACUCCUUCAUCUUCCCGGAGGGGAACCCUCCAUCCAGCCGCCCCAGAGUGGCGGCGACACAAACCGAGACACCUCUGAGCUGUUGACCGUGGCUCAAGACAGAGUCAUCAAGACAGAAAAGGACAACCGAGAAAGUCUACCAGCCCCUGGAAACGGUCACAACUACGGCCGGGGUGACACGGUUGCUGCUUUCAUUUUGCAGAUGAGAAAGCUGAGGCUCAGAGAGGUGGUGUGACUUGCCCAGGCCCCUGGCCAUGUCAAACAGGGCACCCUGGGGACCCUGUCCAUCUCCCACCUGGAGCCAGUGCCUCCCUGAUCUCUUCUUUCCACUGACGCAACCUUGGAGCGUCCCCCUACCCUGGCCCCAAGCAGGGGACGGCCUUCAAACUGUUCACCUGCCCAUGGGCUCUGAGGCGGGGAGGAGGGAAAGAACGUGUUCUGGGCUGGACCCAGCCUUCUGUUUCAUAAU